AUGGAGCUGAGGAGUGUUGUACGACGAGGCUCCUCCUGCCAAGCGAUCCACCUCAGUAUCUAUUACCACCAUCGAGCGACCAGACAAGCCGUCCAACGCAGCACCUGCCGCUACUCCCCCCCCCAUUCUGUUGACAAUGCUACAACGAAGGCUUCUGCCACGCCGCCGGUCAAUUCCCCGGCACAAUCACCCGCCAAGCCGCCGGGAAAGACUCCGGCCAAGUCGCCGGCGAAGUCACCAGCCAAAACACGUGGUAGCCCUCCAGGCAAGCCCCCUACACCUAAGCAGAAACGAGUAGGUAACCAUACAGCUGCAACAUCGGUUGUGCAUGUGGAUAAACGCGUACCUCUGCCUCGGAGUGCGCGCUUGGCAGCUGAAGCGGUUGAUAUCUCGGCUGGUAACGAUCGGAUGGGCUCCGGGGAUGAAGAUGACUACGGACUCGACGAUGAUGAUGAGUCUGACGCCGAAUACAUCAUCGACGACGCCGAAGAUUAG